CUUGCGGUGCAGGGAAGGUUGGACACCUGCUUCAAACUGCGGUGUAGUCACGGAGACAAAACAGUAGCACUCCACGAGUGGAAUUUGGGUUUGUUGACACGUUGUGGACGAGGAACACUCGACGACUAAAGCUCCGCUCAUCGCAAAAGGGAUGCGGAAACAUGCCAAUGUAUUGGAGUCAUGUGCAAUUUUUCUUUCAUGACACAGUCUGUGUUGAAGAGGCUGUUUGUUUUUUUAGCGCCUAGCCGCCUAGCUGUGGUCGUCUUUGACUUCUACCUUUUGGCUGAGGUUUGGCAGUGGAGAGCGCUUUUAAUUUCCAAUCACUAGUCACUAGUCACUUGUCAGUUGAAGCCAUGGGGCUGUUCAGGGCUUUGGCGGUCUUUCUGUCACUUUGUUGGGCCUCACUUUGCAAGAGUGAGGAUCGAGAGAGUGGGUCUCGUGAAUGGUGCCCGUGCUUGGAAGGGCACGACAAUUUCACGAAAAAGAACCUUGUUCACAAUGGGACGCCUCAUGACGAUUUUGGCAUCGGAUGUCACAAUCACACAACAGAUGCCUCCUUUGCCAUGCACAUUCACAACCACUCCAGUGGGGCGCAGCUCGGGUGUGUCACACACCGGGAAUCUUGGUGCAAAUCGAAGUGGUGCUAUGUUGACCCAAGCACGUGCCGUCUGGAUUGGGAAUGGGGUGUUGUGGGGCCAUAUUCCUAUGCAACUUGUGGCAACGUGAAAGCUGGAAGUGCAGACUACCUUGUCAAGUCCAUGGCUGCAUUUCUGGCCGAUGAUCACCUAAGGGUCUUCGACCUAACGAAUACUGGGCGGGGCUACAUAGGAGGUCGGAUGGCAGCCUUUUGGAGCAACUCCCUGAAAAUGCUGGAGAAAGCCAGCGUGAGGAUCAAGCAUACGCCGAUCCCGAAGAGCAGUGGGAUUGAUUCCAAUUUCUCCGAGAUCAUCGAGGCCUUCGAGAAGCACAAGAACUUGUAUCCUGCGGUAUGGUCAGAUCGGACUUCCAGCAACUUUGAUCUGUGCGCCUUUGCAACAGCAAUGGGCUAUGUGGACUUGUGCACUGGGAAGUUUGUAUUGACACAUGAGAGACAAGAAAUGACCUUUGUCAUUGAGCUUGCCGCAGCUCCGGUGUUCAUAGUGUCAAAAAGUCGGUGUGGUGCUUUCUGUGCCAGCAAUGACCUGCACUCUUAUCAGGGGUGGGUUUGGUGGACUUUGGUCUUUCGUCCGUUGGCUUGGGCUUUGUUCGCGGGGGUGGUGCUCAGCUUCAUUGUCGCUAUGCGUAUCCUUCACAAGUUGGAGAUGAAGAAUGAAUCCCAGCAAAGUGCAACGGAGCAUGUUUACACAGGGUAUCAAAGGGUGGUCAAUGAACUUCUUGAUUGCAUCCUUGGCACCUUCGAAGCAUUUGUCUUCAAGGAGAAAGUCACCCACUCCAGGGUCUUGACGGAGACAAGACCAAUCUCUCGUCCAUCCUACAUGUUGCGUUUGGGCCUCGCCUUCUUUCUUUUGCUGUUUACCACAAUCUACGGUUCCGCGUUGGUGGCGCAGAUGAUUUCACCAAAAGUGACAGGUGAGAUUGAAAGUCUAGAGGCUGCAAAGAAUUAUCCAGAACAUGUUGACUUGUGUGUGCACGAAGUCUACAAAGAAUCUGUGAAGCUCUACGCUCAUGACAAUAUCUCGCCAAUUUAUAAAACUGAUUGGGAACAUGUUGUGGGGAAUUUGACCAACGGCACAUGUGAUGCUGCACUUCUUGAGGAAGAAAUCUGGAAUGCGUUUCGAGGUCGCAGAAAGCUUUGUGACUACUACCAAGGACCAGUACAUGAGUUUUACAUGCCUACCGGAGCUGUCGUUUCCAGACGAGCUUAUCGGACCCUUGAAACAUUCCGAUUCAGUUCUUCAAAAGCUUCAGCUAUCCAGGCUAUCCUUGACAAUCCGCCAGAUCAAGAUCGCUGCCCUAUAGUUUCUCGCAGCGAGAGCGGUUUGCCAGUGGAAGUGUUGGCCGCCCCUUGUGUGGUGGCACUAUUUUUUUGUCUCGGGAGCUUUCUUCACCAUUGCAUUGGGGGAGGACAACCCAACCCCAACGAGGAGACCCUGGAACAGAAGAUGCAACGUGGCUUGAGGCGGGCCUUGCAUGACCGUCUUGGUGGAGGACAACCCAACCCCAACAAGGAGACCCUGGAACAGAAGAUGGAACGUGGCUUGAGGCGGGCCUUGCAUGACCGUCUUGGUCCACCGCAAUGGAAGGAUCUUUAAAGAUUUUCCAUUCUCCAAUUUUCCAGCCGAUGCCGAUCAAGUAGACUUGAUGUUGAGUCUGAAUCCAGCACCAUCCAGCUUCGGAGAAUUCACCACCAUAGUGGCCUCCACCGGCAGGCUGCCUUCCCUCCGUCAGAUUUUGAACACUUCAGCUGACUCCAGUGAUCGUUGUACAGAUUGUAAAGGUAUUUGCCAAUGUGAUGCAUCCCUAGAUGUUUUUAAACUUUGCUGCAUACUGCAUAGAUGGCUUGAUCCUGUGCGGCAGCCCAUCCCAGGCCGCUGACUGUACACUCAAAGCCGUUGGAAGGAGUUGAUGCUCUUCGCUCUCCAUUUGCUGGCCAGCGGAA